AUGGAUUCGCCGCGAAAUUACGAACAUUUGGAUGCCGGUUUGGCGUCAUAUGUCGAUAUAGCGACGGAGGAAGGUGGGAAAGACGAAGGGUUUGCAAACGCGUCGGCUGAGGUUCAAAAGGCCAAAAAAACAGGGCACAGUGCGCCCAUUGCUGAAGAUCAAGAUCCAUCAAACAUAUAUCUUUACGACCGACCGCAAAUAGGACUUGAUGAAGAGUCAUUGGAAAUUCAAGAACCGCGAAAAGGACGGGAAGAAAGUCAAGAAAUCAGACACUCAGUUUUCCCAACAACACAAGAGCUGCAUGCCGCUGGAAAUGCACAUUCAAGUUUAGGCCCGCAGUUACAGAACUCAGGAUUGACAGAAGUAGCCGGAAAACCCGUGAUGACGGACGCAAAUACACAUCAGCAGUCACACAUGUCAACCGGCUUGGAACACGCCAGCAUAGCAUCACAUGAGGUACCAGACAUCGACUCGGUCGCAGGAACGACAGACGGGUCCGCAUUCAACCCACCAAGCUCUGCUGAACAACCAUUUUACGUUAAUGCCAAGCAGUACUACCGCAUUUUGAAGAGAAGGUAUGCAAGAGCCAAAUUAGAAGAAAACCUUAAGAUUUCACGCGAGAGAAGACCCUAUCUGCACGAGUCGCGGCAUAAGCACGCUAUGCGUCGACCCCGGGGUCAAGGCGGUCGUUUUCUCACAGCUGCAGAAAUUGCAGAACUUAAGCAAACGGAAGACCCGGCACCGGUCUUGGAUAUAAAACAGCAGGAUCCCGCGGCCAACGCUGUUAAAAAAGACCGUUUUGCGAACCGGCCCAUUUCCACUGCACGCAUUGCGCCAGGAAAUCCAGCUGCCAAGAACGAAACAGUACAUAAAGACCUAGCGCGACAUUGA